AUGGAGCUUCCUCAAGAUAUUGCAAAGGAGCUGGCGGCUACAGCGAAAGCCAUUGCGGCUCCUGGAAAGGGCAUUCUGGCUGCUGACGAAUCCACAGGCACAAUCCAAAAGCGUUUCGACAGCAUUAAAGUGAAAAAUGAAGAAUCGAACAGGGCGGCAUACAGGGACCUUUUGUUCUCGACAGAAGGUCUGGGGCAGUACAUCUCGGGCUGCAUUCUCUUUGAGGAAACGCUGUUCCAGAAGAACCAAGCGGGUGUUCUAAUGGUGGACCUGCUGAAGAAGCAGGGCAUAAUCCCGGGCAUAAAAGUCGACAAAGGGCUGGAAACAAUUCCCCGAACUGAUGACGAGAAAGCCACCAUGGGCCUGGACGGCCUGGCGGAGCGCUGCAAAAAGUACUACGCCGCAGGGGCGCGCUUUGCGAAGUGGCGCGCAGUGCUGUCCAUAAACCCCAGCCAAGGCAAGCCCUCAGAUCGCUCCAUUGCCGAAGUGGCCUACGGCUUGGCUCGGUACGCAGCCAUAUGCCAGCAGAACCGACUUGUGCCGAUUGUGGAGCCCGAAAUUCUCACCGACGGCUCCCACGACAUCGCCACCUGCGCACAAGUCACGGAGCGGGUGCUGGCGGCUGUCUUCAAACAACUCAAUGACCAGGGAGUGCUGCUGGAGGGGGCUUUGCUGAAGCCCAACAUGGUCACCCCAGGUUCUGAGUGCCCCAGCAAGGCGAAGCCCGAAGAAAUUGCUUUCUACACUGUUCGCGCGCUGGCCCGCACAGUGCCCCCUGCCCUCCCGGGGGUCACUUUCUUGUCGGGGGGCCAGUCCGAAGAAGAGGCUUCCCUGAACUUGAACGCAAUGAACCGCAUGGGGCCCCACCCCUGGGCGCUGACCUUCUCUUACGGCAGGGCCCUCCAGGCCUCCACGCUGCAGGCCUGGGCCGGCAAGCCCGAGAACAAGGCCAAGGCGCAGGAGGUGUUGCUGCAGCGCGCCAAGGCCAACAGCGAGGCGCAGCUGGGCACUUACGGGGGCGACGCUACAAACGCCGCGGCCAACAAGUCUCUCUUUGAGAAACACUACGUCUACUAA